AUGGACAACGAGGUAGAGAUCCAGACGAUGUAUUUAAUACCGGAUUGGGGAGGGAUGCCUCAGGAACAGGAAGAAGGCAUGCAGCGUCACUGGACUGCAUCACCCCCGUGGAGCUCACCUGAAGAGCGCUCGUAUCUUGCUCGGCUGGGACUGGUUACAGCGGCGGAGAGGGGAAAGAGCACAGGGGAUAUCCGAACUCCAUCGUCGAAUGCCCUCUACCUGUCAGCGAACAAGGGGCAACUCUCACCCACAGCACUGCACUCGAGAAACCGUCUUGAGGUGGCCGAAUAUUCCAUUAUCCGCCCCAACGAGGGCCUCAUCCGGCAAUCCGCGAGGGAUCGCCUACACUCGCGCCGUCAAGACGCCAGCGUAAAAACUCAGCUACAGCAUCCCCAUGCAUCCCAACAGAGGAAGGAAACAUCGAGUGGUGAAGACCAGUGGUGUCUCUCCCAGCGCACGUCAGACCCAUAG